UCCCCUCUCAUCUUAAAGUUGUACUGUCCAUUCUAUGUAUAUCAUACUUUCCCGCCAAACUCUCUCUCUACUUUUCUCUCGGUAAAACCUAAUCUUUUACGUCAAAUCACCCUCCAUUAUAUUCAAAGUCUUCUCUAAUCUCCAACCCCUUUUUAUCCUCCACACUCGCAUUAUACUCUCUCUGUUUCCUUCUGCCUUUCUUUUAGCCGUUACGAAAAAACAAAGCGUUGAGAGAGAGAGAGAGAGAGAGAGAGAGAGAGAGCGAGAAUUCUUUUGGUUCCUUCAAACCCAUAACGUUUCAGUUGAUUUAGCUUUCUAUCUCUGUUUCGUUUACUCCGUUGUGUGUUUUUAUUGUUGAUUACUCAAAUUGACAAUUUUUGGUAAAAAAAAUAAAUAAUUCAUAGAUUGGUUUUAUAUAAAGGAUGUGACUUUGGGUUCGCGUUAAGAUUUUCGAGGCUUUUAUUACGACAGACGUGAAAACCGAAAUGCUCUCUGUGGGUUUAUGGAAUUUAAUUUGUUACUUGAUGUAGAAGUCGGAGGGUAUGGUUUCUACAACUCCUUCGUUGUCUUCUAGCAGCUGUGAUAAUGCGGUUCCGAAGCCAGUCUCCUUUCAAGGGCGGAUAACAGGCCCUACAAGACGAUCUACAAAGGGAGGAUGGACAGAGGAGGAGGAUAAGAUAUUGGCCGUUGCCGUUCAAAAGUUCAAUGGCAAGAACUGGAAAAAGAUUGCUGAAUGUGUUCCUGAUAGAACUGAUGUCCAGUGCCUGCAUCGCUGGCAGAAGGUUCUGAAUCCCGAUCUUGUUAAAGGGCCUUGGAGCAAGGAGGAAGAUGAUCUCAUCAUUGAGCUGGUUGCAAAGCAGGGGAAAAAGAAAUGGUCUGAGAUAGCAAAAUUCUUGCCAGGCCGUAUAGGCAAGCAAUGUAGAGAAAGGUGGCACAACCAUUUAAAUCCGGAUAUAAAAAAAACAGCAUGGACCAAAGAAGAGGAAUCAACUCUCAUUAAGGCCCACCAAAUAUAUGGGAACAAGUGGGCUGAAAUAGCAAAGUUUCUGGAUGGAAGGACAGAAAAUUCAAUAAAAAAUCACUGGAACUGCUCGGUGAGGAAGAAAUUAGAAUCUAUAAAUUUUGCUCGUGUUUCUGGCCCUUACGGUCAUAAAGCAACAGCUGAAUGCAGAAAGUCUGUAGAGGUUAAAGAAAGCCGUGAUCCGAAAUUGAACUUUGAGGGAAGUGCAGACACUUGUUCACUGGAUUUGAUUCUUGAAAUGACGGAAAGUAAUUUGCAACCUUCAAAUAAAGAGGAAUGCAGGUCUUUGAAAGGAGGGGAAAAUGACAUAACAAAACCCCGAUGUAGAACAAAUUUGCAUGAUGGGGAUGCAGUUUCUUGUGGUCCGAGUGGCAAACAAUGCCAGAAGCGUGCUAAUAACGGUGACACAUUCAGAGAGCCCUAUCAUGCAGCUAUCAAGACCAAUGAAUUAUUGCAUACGUCCUCUAGUCAUCAAGUAAAGUUUCAAUGUCUAGAUGAACAAGUCCAUGAGCCUCAUCAAUCUGUCAAUCCAUUGCCUUCUGGAGGACAUUCUCGACCCUUGCAACUCUCUUUGAGGACACAUUCAGAUGUUCCCGGGUGUAACAUAUUAACUUCUAAUUUUCUUCAGAGCCAGCUUUUCCUGCCGCUGCAAGUAGAUUGCAUGAAUCUUCUUAUGUGCCACCACAACACAAUGUUUGUUAUGUGGACUACUUUGAAAAUAGGAAUUCAAAAUUAUGUGGCCAAAAUAAGGAUACUCUUUCAUGUAGGACAGCUUGUGAAACGUAUGAGGAAAGUAAAGUUUUUCGAGCCCCUGCAAACUUGGAGGAUUCAAACGUUGGUUCAUUGUGCUAUAAAUCACUCUUCCAAAAGGAUUUAAACACUUGUGAAAACUGGUACAUUUCCAAGUACAGAUAGCUAUAUUCAAACAGCUUCAAGUCCAGUUUCUUUUAAUACACCAUCAAGCCACAAUACAGGAGUAACUGUAGAUGGCAGCAGUCCAGAAUCUAUAUUGAGGAGUGCCGCACGGAGUUUUAUAAAUACACCAUCUAUCAUUAGGAAACGAAGAUUCAAAAUUUCCAGGACAUUUGACAAUCUAAAUCAGAAGGAUGGUGUUUGUUCACUGGAAGAAAACAGAGAUAACUCGGACAAUAGUCACCACUUGUUACAUCGUUGUCCACCUGACAGACAUGAUAACAAUGGUGUUCUAUCCAAUGAGAAGCAACUUUUCCUGCCUCCUCUAAAGUCUCAGAAGCUUGGAAGUUCUGCAGCUGUAAAAUCUGUAGAAAAAUGCCUGGAACAUGCAUUUGAUUCUGAGUGGGCAUCUACCAACAUUAAAUAGAACAUCAGUUGCCGAUGAUUCUUCUAGUGCCAAUUGUGGUUAAGAUUGGUGGAUUGUUCAAGUGUCUGGUAGAAAGGUUUCUUUCAAGAAUUCAAGGUUGUCGAUGAGGAGGCGAAUUAUAAAACAUGUUAAUAUGAAAGGUGAGUUACUUUUGCCAAUCUUUUGUUUCCCAUUGCAUAUUCACUUCCCUGCACUUUUGCCGAUCUGUGGUUUGGGUGCCUUGAUUUGUGCUCUCUCUAUAUGAUAUAACUAAUUAUGAACGAGUUGAAAAUAGUCAACAGAAAAAAUAUAAAAUAUAAACUAUAAAUAAAUAAUAUCCAGAACAGUGAUAAGAUUACCACAGAUAUAUAGUGUCUUCAUUUCUUGCAGAUGAAUUAUCAAUUUGUGUACAUGUUCAAUUUUGAUACACCUCUUAAUGGCAUGGACUCUGAUGGGAUAGGAUUUGUGCAGCCAACUCAACGAAAGAACAAAUAACACCUCCCCAAUGAUUGGCAACAAUGAUAAUUUGUACAGCUACAUGACUGACUGCUCUGAAAACUUUAGCAAGUGAUAUUUUAAUUUUUUUUCAA